AUGCAGUUGCAUUUUGUGAGAGUAUCUGAUCUGAGGAUCAUUCUAUUGGGUAAGACUGGAGCUGGAAAAAGUGCCACAGGGAACUCCAUCCUGGGCAGAGUCGCAUUUGAAGAGAACAAUAUAAUGUGUGAGAAACAGAAAGGAGUGGUGGGUGGAAAGACCAUCGCUGUAGUUGACACUCCAGGACUAUUUAAUACAUCUAUUACUGAAGCUCAGUUGAAGGCUGAAAUUGAGAACUGUAUGGUGAUGUCUGCUCCUGGUCCACAUGUGUUUCUGCUGGUGAUCAAACUGGAAGUGAGAUUCACAAAAGAAGAGAGGGACACAGUGAAAUGGAUUCAAGAGAACUUUGGAGAAGAGGCUUUGGGGCGUACCAUCAUUCUGUUCACUCACACUGAUCUGCUAAAGGAUUACUCUUUAGAUGAGUACAUCAGGAAAAGCAACUAUUUACCAGAAAUAGUUGAUAGUUGUGGUGGCAGAUAUCACUCAUUCAACAAUGAGGACAAAAGGAAUAAAGUAUGUGUAUCACUAGGCACACUGUAUCUGAAAAAAGAGCUCCUAAAGAAGGAACAGAAUGAGCAGCAGCUGAAAAAGGAGCUUGAACAAAAGGAACAGGAAGAGCAGAAGCUGAAAAAGGAGAUUGAUCAAAAGGAACAGGAAGAGCAGAAGCUGAAAAAGGAGCUUGAACAAAAGGAACAAGAAGAGCAGAAGCUGAAAAAGGAGCUUGACCAAAAGGAACAGGAAGAGCAGAAGCUGAAAAAGGAGCUUGAACAAAAGGAACAGGAAGAGCAGAAGCUGAAAAAGGAGCUUGAACAAAAGGAACAAGAAGAGCAGAAGCUGAAAAAGGAUCUUGAACAAAAGGAACAGGAAGAGCAGAAGCUGAAAAAGGAGCUUGAACAAAAGGAACAAGAAGAGCAGAAGCUGAAAAAGGAGCUUGAACAAAAGGAACAAGAAGAGCAGAAGCUGAAAAAGGAGCUUGAACAAAAGGAACAGGAAGAGCAGAAGCUGAAAAAGGAGCUUGAACAAAAGGAACAAGAAGAGCAGAAGCUGAAAAAGGAGCUUGAACAAAAGGAACAGGAAGAGCAGAAGCUGAAAAAGGAGCUUGAACAAAAGGAACAAGAAGAGCAGAAGCUGAAAAAGGAGCUUGAACAAAAGGAACAGGAAGAGCAGAAGCUGAAAAAGGAGCUUGAACAAAAGGAACAGGAAGAGCAGAAGCUGAAAAAGGAGCUUGAACAAAAGGAACAGGAAGAGCAGAAGCUGAAAAAGGAGCUAGAACAAAAGGAACAAGAAGAGCAGAAGCUGAAAAAGGAGCUUGAACAAAAGGAACAAGAAGAGCAGAAGCUGAAAAAGGAGCUUGAACAAAAGGAACAAGAAGAGCAGAAGCUGAAAAAGGAGCUUGAACAAAAGGAACAAGAAGAGCAGCAGCUGAAAAAGGAGCUUGAACAAAAGGAACAAGAAGAGCAGAAGCUGAAAAAGGAGCUUGAACAAAAGGAACAAGAAGAGCAGCAGCUGAAAAAGGAGCUUGAACAAAAGGAACAAGAAGAGCAGAAGCUGAGAAAGGAGCUUGAACAAAAGGAACAAGAAGAGGAAGCUGAAAAGGAGCUUGAACAAAAGGAACAAGAAGAGCAGCAGCUGAAAAAGGAGCUUGAACAAAAGGAACAAGAAGAGCAGAAGCUGAAAAAGGAGCUUGAACAAAAGGAACAAGAAGAGCAGCAGCUGAAAAAGGAGCUUGAACAAAAGGAACAAGAAGAGCAGAAGCUGAGAAAGGAGCUUGAACAAAAGGAACAAGAAGAGCAGCAGCUGAAAAAGGAGCUUGAACAAAAGGAACAAGAAGAGCAGAAGCUGAGAAAGGAGCUUGAACAAAAGGAACAAGAAGAGCAGCAGCUGAGAAAGGAGCUUGAACAAAAGGAACAAGAAGAGCAGAAGCUGAGAAAGGAGCUUGAACAAAAGGAACAAGAAGAGCAGAAGCUGAAAAAGGAGCUUGAACAAAAGGAACAAGAAGAGCAGAAGCUGAAAAAGGAGCUUGAACAAAAGGAACAAGAAGAGCAGAAGCUGAAAAAGGAGCUUGAACAAAAGGAACAAGAAGAGCAGCAGCUGAAAAAGGAGCUUGAACAAAAGGAACAAGAAGAGCAGCAGCUGAGAAAGGAGCUUGAACAAAAGGAACAAGAAGAGCAGCAGCUGAAAAAGGAGCUUGAACAAAAGGAACAAGAAGAGCAGAAGCUGAAAAAGGAGCUUGAACAAAAGGAACAAGAAGAGCAGAAGCUGAAAAAGGAGCUUGAACAAAAGGAACAAGAAGAGCAGCAGCUGAAAAAGGAGCUUGAACAAAAGGAACAAGAAGAGCAGAAGCUGAAAAAGGAGCUUGAACAAAAGGAACAAGAAGAGCAGCAGCUGAAAAAGGAGCUAGAACAAAAGGAACAGGAAGAGCAGAAGCUGAAAAAGGAGCUUGAACAAAAGGAACAAGAAGAGCAGAAGCUGAAAAAGGAGCUUGAACAAAAGGAACAGGAAGAGCAGAAGCUGAAAAAGGAGCUUGAACAAAAGGAACAAGAAGAGCAGAAGCUGAAAAAGGAGCUUGAACAAAAGGAACAGGAAGAGCAGAAAGCAGAAGCUGAAAAGGAGCUUGAACAAAAGGAACAAGAAGAGCAGAAGCUGAAAAAGGAGCUAGAACAAAAGGAACAAGAAGAGCAGAAGCUGAGAAAGGAGCUUGAACAAAAGGAACAAGAAGAGCAGAAGCUGAAAAAGGAGCUUGAACAAAAGGAACAAGAAGAGCAGAAGCUGAAAAAGGAGCUUGAACAAAAGGAACAAGAAGAGCAGAAGCUGAAAAAGGAGCUUGAACAAAAGGAACAGGAAGAGCAGAAGCUGAAAAAGGAGCUUGAACAAAAGGAACAGGAAGAGCAGAAGCUGAAAAAGGAGCUUGAACAAAAGGAACAAGAAGAGCAGAAGCUGAAAAAGGAGCUAGAACAAAAGGAACAGGAAGAGCAGAAGCUGAAAAAGGAGCUAGAACAAAAGGAACAAGAAGAGCAGAAGCUGAGAAAGGAGCUUGAACAAAAGGAACAAGAAGAGCAGAAGCUGAAAAAGGAGCUUGAACAAAAGGAACAAGAAGAGCAGAAGCUGAAAAAGGAGCUUGAACAAAAGGAACAAGAAGAGCAGAAGCUGAAAAAGGAGCUUGAACAAAAGGAACAAGAAGAGCAGAAGCUGAAAAAGGAGCUUGAACAAAAGGAACAAGAAGUGCAGAAGCUGAAAAAGGAGCUUGAACAAAAGGAACAAGAAGUGCAGAAGCUGAAAAAGGAGCUUGAACAAAAGGAACAAGAAGAGCAGAAGCUGAAAAAGGAGCUUGAACAAAAGGAACAAGAAGAGCAGCAGCUGAAAAAUAAGAACAAAAGGAACAGGAAGAGCAGCAGCUGA